CCCGAGAACGUGGCCGACGGGAAUCCGGAGACCUUCUGGGUAACGACAGGGAUGUUCCCCCAGGAGCUGAUUGUGGCGCUGCCCACGCGCGUGAGGCUCAGCAAGGUCACGGUGCAGAGCUGCCAGGUGCGGACCUUGAGGAUUGAAAGAAGCGUAUCUAAAGAACCAGUAGAUUUUGAACACUGCAUUGAAAAAGAUUUACAAUACACAGAAGGAGAGCUUCAAACAGAAGAAUUUCCACUUCCAGAUUUCCAAGCCACUUACUUGCGUUUCAUCAUCAAAUCUGCUUUCGAUCAUUUUGUGUCUGUGCACAGGGUGAUGGCAGAGGGCACAGCAGAAGACAGUUAAGCCCAGGUUAAAUUGGUACUUCAGUAUGAUUUGUAAUGAAUUUAUAUUUUGUUAUCUGUAGCACAGAGAAUAUUUAUUA